AUGGGAACGCUAACUGCCGGGCAACUGCGACUGGAUCAUUAUUGCGAGCACAAGCUUCCCACCAGCUGUCGUCUGAGCAGUAUCGGUACGCAACAAACGCACAAGCCGCGCGCAACUUCGGGGAUACGAGCUGACUUUCCAUUCGUCUGUGUACAGGCGAGUGCUGCGCGUGCUACGAUGAAAGAGCUCAUUCUGUAACAUAUUCAACCUACAUUGAUGGCGUUGGUUUUGUUCAGCGAGGUACUCGAUGGCAACGCUACUGCUGGUUCUGCAAGGAGUUCUGGGAAAACAGAGUCCAAGCAUCGGGAUUAACACCUGGCCAGACCAAAAUACCAGAGAGACCUGACCAGACAGAAUUCCUGAGACGAUGGUAUCAAUUUCAUCAAGGUUUUCGUAUUGUAACUCGCGACGAUGGGAGCGAAGAGCGAGUUGCUGUUCUCGGGGAAGACCUUCGCGAUGUGUCGCCGGGCUGUCUGCCUAGGACCUUGGACGAGCUGCGGGCUGGCAGAGAACGCAGUGAGAUAGAGGAACGCGAGCGAGCCGAAGGUGAGCGCCAGCGACAGGCUGCACGUGCGGAAGAAACCCCUCAAGGUCCGAGCAUCGAAGAAACGCUAGACCAGAUGUUCCAGGCCGCAGAAAGGGAAGAGUCCCAGGAUCAGCAACCAACACCUUCUCGACCGGACAGUGGCCGACCAAGUAAUGAUAUUGAAUUGCGAACAACAAACAUACAUGCCCAGGCAAUGACGCCAGCUGCUUCCCGUAAUCGAGAUUACCAGGCACGACGCAUUGCUGCUCUGCGACGUGAACUUCAUCGCAUGCGCAAUGGGAUUGAGCGCGUUAUAUCGGGGCUUCGAGAUCUGGGCGAGAAUGUUCCGGACCACACGGCAGCAUCGACUCGCCUGUCACAACUGGGUCGCACUCUUGACACAAUAGAUAGUCCGCCCUCGCAGGAAGAUGCGCAAGGAGCCAUCCAGAGUGUUCGGGCUCUCACAGAUGCUGUUAGCACGACGCAGCGUAACGGGACGCUUUCCGGCGUUCAGGCGCGGGUUGAUGAGGCCAGGCAACAUGUGGACGAGGCCAGAAGAAACAGGGACCAAGCUGCAACAGAAUUGGACCUCGCAGAACAGGACUUCCGCACGUCGCAAGCCCGCCUUCGUCAGCUACAGAAUGAGCAGAGAACCACUGAAAAUUACAUGAGGCUGUUUGGUACUCGUGAGGAGAUGAUCGCACAAGGCGAAAGCUAUGAAUCUCCAAUCGGCGGCAUGUUCACCAGAGCUAUGGAGCGCUUCCGAGUCGCAGAAGAUGUACGCCGGGAAGAGCGUACACUCCGUCAGGUGCUUCAUGAUGAGGAGCGAGCUGCGGACCCAGAUGUCGCUCAACGGUUGGCGGAACUGGAAACUCGAGAGCGCGAUGUGUGGGGCGUCCCUCGCCCGUCCGAAUCACAAUCGUUGCAAGACACAAACAUCUCUCGGCACGUGCCUCCGUCUCAUAGCAACGAGCGGCCAACGGACGCAACUCGCGCUGGACUGAAUCUAUUCAAUACAGGCACUGCGCUGGAAGAUUACCAUGCGCUCUUGAGAGGACAAGACAGGGUCCAGCGAAACCGAACAGCAGUCGACACUGACAAUUUCCCAAGGAACAUGUUGAAUGCACUACCUAGUCAGCAGCGAGCACCUGGCGCGACAUUUCAAGAUAUUCUAACAUAUGCAAGAGAUUCUCGAAAUCGGAGACGUCAAGACGCCCCGACGAUUGUCGCUGGACUUCCAGGACUACAACUGGACGAAGAUCCGUAUGAGAAUAAUGAUCGUGGGCUUGACGCUGUAUUCGUCUUGAACGCACUGUCUAACAAUCCAGGGCUCAGAUCGCACGUUCCAUGGGCUGAUGACGGGAAUGCGGUAUCUAAUCUUCUCUGCUCCGUACAAUCAAACACUCUUUCGUCGUUGGACGUGGGGCAACUUGAGCCUCUCAUGGAGCUUGAAGAAGUCGUGUGGGGUAGUCAAUUGCCCGCCGAGCGCAAUCGACGACGGCGUGAGCGCGGAGAGACCGUCUCCUUCACCCCUGAUGCAUAUGAAAUGGCCAUGUCAGGGCAAGUCAUCGUGCAUGACGUAGAAGUCAUGGCCGAGUGCUAUCAGAUGAGCGGACAGGUGAGAGCACAAUCUGGCGUCACAGCUUUGGAGCAGCUGCCUAUGCUCUAUCGACUGCAGGCUGGAGAGCGCAACAGCCGCGACCGCGCCGUCCUGGUCAGAAUGUUGCGUAGCGAUACAGCAAUGAAUCAGGCUAGUCAGGUGCUUGCCCAACAUGUCGGAGAGACCGAUGAAGCGCAAAGCGAUCGACGCGCUGAAUUGGAAAGCGAGAGACGUCAGGCGGCAAGGCGAGGCGAUCACUCCCGCUCAGAGCUCGAUGCACAGAGAAGGGCUACGCGGACGAUGCCAUCGGUGGCGCUGACUGCUAGCAGAGCAGCGAUGGCUACGAGCCCCAGAACGCUGUUAGAGAGGAUGGCCAACCGCGAUGAAGAGACACGCGCCGCAUACGAACGUCUACGAGCGAACGGCUUUGAGCCGGGUGAGCCGAUGACAAGUCGUAGCCUGCGAGACGCAUUCUACAGGCCACUGAGUCUCGGAGACUUUGGCGCCUCGCCGUCUGCGACGGAUUCGGACGACGAAGACAAUGAAGGCCGCGGUCUGGAUGCCAAAGAUUCCGGCCGACCAGAAGAGCCUAUGACUGAAGAAGAAAUGACGAUAUUGCUGGACUGCCGCAUUUGCUACUCGCAGAAAGCCGAUAUCUGUACGAUCCCAUGCGGACACUUGGCCAUGUGUCGAUGGUGCAGUGAGCAGCAUUCGCCGACGAUGGCUCAAGACAAGACUCGGCCGAGAAGACCCGCUGCUUGUCCAGUUUGUCGAAAGCGAAUCAACCAGAAGAUUCAGGUGCAUCGUUCUUGA